UGAAGAGGAAGAAGAAGAAGAAGACCAGUGCUUCCGGUUUUCAUACGCGGGACUGGAGCUGGAGUGGCAACAUCCAGGGGCUGGAACACCUGGGAAAAUGGACGUUUACUACAGAAUGACAGACAGAGAGAUCCGGCGGAUGAUAGAGCUUCGUGCUACCAAUGAGGCCAUCUUCACUGGAAGGAGGCACUCUGCCAUGAGAGCCUGGAGAGCCAUAGCUAAGGAGAUGGGGCUCCAAGGGAAGCUGACGGCACGCCAGUUAAAGAAGAAGUGGGAGAACUUGAAAGAAAAGCAUAAGUUGCUGAAGAACCCUCCGGAAGGCAAGCUGAACAAGACCAAACCCCAGUCAUGGCGCUGGUUCCAGCUGAUGGACGAGGCUAUGAGCGGCCGUCUAGCCGGGACUGCCCACAUCCUCGACCCCUCUCUGUUCGAAGAUCGUGAAGACGGGCAACCAGACUUGCCCAGGCUUGGUGUUGGGGUGAUGAAGGAGUCGGCUUCUGAGAUGAGUGUUGAUGACACCGGGCUACCUGAAGCAGAUGCGGUACCUGGAGACACAGGGACACCCAGGGACAUUCAGUCCCCUGUGGGAGUUUGGAUACUUGAGGAAGCUGAAACAGAUGGGGGAGACCCUAUCCCUAUCCCUAACGCCACAGAGUGUGUGCAGGCUUUGCCAGCCAGUGAAAGCGUGAUGGACAGUGGUCCCACUUCCACACUGUAUGCCACCUUACUGUCUGACUUUACUGCGGCAUCAGAAGGAAAGUAUAACAAGGUCAAUGAGGUGGCUCCGACCUCCAUCAGCACGGACAAAAACAUCACCAUGGAGACCGCUGAGCUAGACCGACAGAUAGCAGAGCUGGAGACAGAGAGACAGGCACUGGAGAGAGAGCAGGAUGAGAUUGAUAGAGAAGGGCUGGCACUGGAGAGAGAGAGACAGCUUCUGAAGAGAGAGGUGGUGUCUGUUGAACGGGAGAGAGCAGGCAUAGAUAGAGACAGAGCGGCCAUAGAUAGAGACAGGGCGGCUCUAGAAAGAGACAGGGCGGCUCUAGAUAGAGAUAGGGCGGCGCUAGAUCGAGAUAGAGCGGCUCUGGACAGAGAUAGAGAAAUUCUGGACAGAGACAGGGCAUUUCUAGACAGAGACCGAGCAGCUCUGGAGAGAGAGAGAGUGGGUCUAGAGGGGGGUCAGGCUGAGAUGCAGGCAGACAAGGAGGUCAUCCUACAGACAGGGUUCUACCAGAGCUGGAGGACUCCAGACGUAGAUCCAGACCGACUGGAGACCAGACAGAGACUAGUUUCUUUAUUCCAUAAGUUCAUUCAAAAACUUUGAAGAAACUAGGAAGGAAGUGUGAAAGAUAAUCUCUAACACGUACUGUGUUGUUUAGACAGGAUUUCUGGUGAUGUAUCCCAGCCUUUGGUGGCCAUGUUGGAUGUUCUUGAUUCUUGAGCAUAGGUGGCUGGGAAUAACUUGAUUGCUUCUCAACGGAAAGCAUUUUAUGACUAAUCCAUCUGAUCUUUUUGUAUUCAGUGUUUUGGCUGUAGAUAAUCUUAGCUUGUAAGAUGAUUAGUCUGUCUUGUAGUUCCUGGUCAGCUAACAUCACUGUUUUGUUGUAAAUAUGCUCACAUUUCAUAUUAGUUAAUGCAUCUAGCAGAAGCAGUGCUAGUAGCAGGGACGUUUCCUGAUAUUACAUCCUGCUGGGGCACAUGGCCUUGACUGAAAUAGUGCAGCAGUUUGUAGUCAGUUUAUAUUCAUCAACACUGUUAUGUUGAUGAAUGUGCGUUUUCCUGUAAAAAUAAACCAGUGGACUGAA